UCGAUACCAAACUCUUCUGAAAAUUUAAUGAAAUGUGAUACGCUCAUGAAAGUGUAAUACACCUAAAACUUCCUCUUAUUUUUUUUUUUUAAAUUUUACUUUUGACCAUGACUCUGUACAUUUGUUUUUAUUUGUUUGAUGUGUCUUCAACUAGACAGUGAGUUUGUUGAAAAGGUCAUGCAGUUAUGAGUUUACGUUUCCAUUUAGUGUGAUUUCUAAUUUUGAUUAUGUAUAUAUAUUUAUAUAUAUAUAUGGGAUCUUGACCACAUAUCUAAUUCUCCAUUAUUUCCUUUUAAGCCUAUAAUCAUACUUUACCGCUACCAAGUUUAUUUUGAAUUUCGUGCAAAUCUUUUUUACUGCAUUUAUUUUGUUGUAUGUUCAGUUAGAUUGAAUGUGGGUGAUGUUUUGCAGCAAGAUGGCAUCAGGAACUAUAUUGACCAUUCAAUUAAACAUGGUAUUCCACUUGCAAUGUUUCGUAAAGAACACGUUGGAGGUGACUCUCAUGGAAUUUCAUACUGGUAUGAAGAUGAUGAAAUGGUUGGUCACAGACUUUACAAGGAGAUAAGAAAAUUUGAAGUGAAGAAAGCGAAAUCAAAGGGCUCUCAAGUCCCACUCAAUGCAUCAUACCAGUGGGAAACAGUUGCAAGCAAUUUUGAUGAAUUCCAAGAUGUUUCUAGGAAAGAGAGGUUACUGAAGAAGCAACACGGACAAGCUCCUUCUUGAUAAUUUUUACAAUAUGGAUGGGCUUUCUCCAGGGUGCUCCAUUCGAGAUAGAAAACCUGUCACAUAUACUUUUGGUAAGGCAAAAUGGUUUAAGCUGCCUGCUUUAUUUGUCCCCCUUGAUACCAUAUUUAUCACCUUCUGGUGUGAAUUUUUUGAUAAGAUUUUAGUUUAAAUUUUGAGUUAUAUAAAUAUGUGCAAUGUUUGUGACAGUGUGAA